AGAGGAAAAGCGAAAAAUAUGAAAUUCGCCGAGCAUUUGGCAGCGCACAUCACUCCCGAGUGGAGAAAACAAUACAUCAGUUAUGAAGAAAUGAAAGAAAUGUUAUACGCUGCCAUCGAACAGGUGCCAGCGCCCGAUCAAGUGGACCCCGAUUCGCUUUCACGAUAUUAUGCCAAAUUUGACGAAAAGUUUUUCAGUUUUUGCGACAAAGAACUCGCUAAAAUCAACACGUUCUAUUCAGAAAAAUUGGCUGAAGCGACUAGAAAAUUUGCCAAUCUCCAGAGCGACCUUAGAGAGGCUCAAGAUGACAAAAUCAAACCUAAAGAUGCCAGCGGUAAUCUUAAGCCGGUAAAACGAAAAAUUCUCCGAAAAAACACCACAACGCGUAAGACCCAAGAACUAAAGUUAGCUUUCAGCGAAUUCUAUUUGAGUUUGAUCCUACUGCAGAACUACCAAAAUUUAAACUACACCGGCUUUCGGAAGAUUAUGAAAAAACAUGACAAGUUACUGGGUUCGGAAGGCGGUUCCGGUGGUCGGUGGAGAUCGGAAGUAGUGGAAAAUGCACAUUUCUACUGUAACAAAGACAUCGACCGGCUGAUUAGCGAGACCGAGGCCACUGUCACGCAGGGUCUCGAAGGAGGAGACCGCCAGAGGGCCAUGAAGAGACUGCGUGUACCACCGCUCGGCGAACAGCAAUCGCCUUGGAUCACGUUCAAGGUCGGCCUGUUUUCCGGUGCUUUUGUCGUUAUGUUGCUGGCGGUCAUCAUCACUGGCAUUGCUCACAGCAACGAGAACACGGACUGGCGGGUCAUGGUCAGACUGUACCGGGGCCCGCUGCUGUUAGUUAUAUUCCUAUUCCUGAUGGGCAUCAACGUUUACUGUUGGCGUUCGUCGGGUGUCAACCACGUGCUCAUCUUCGAGCUGGACCCUAGGAACCAUCUCACCGAGCAGCACAUCAUGGAGUUGGCCACCGUCUUCGGACUGGUGUGGGCCGGCUCGGCGCUGAUAUUCCUGUACAGCGAGGCGUUGCAUAUUCCACCUUACAUAAACCCACUGAUCCUGGCCGUGCUUAUGAUUGCGUUUUUGUUCAAUCCCACCAAGACGUUGCGGCACGACGCCCGGUUCUGGGUGCUGCGCGUGGCGGUACGCAUACUAUUCGCUCCCUUCUUCUAUGUGGGUUUCGCGGACUUUUGGCUGGCCGACCAACUCACUAGUCUGGUGCCCGCGUUGCUGGACUUUCAGUACCUCGUGUGCUUCUAUUUGACCAACGACAAGUGGAUGUCUAAUAAAACAAUCGAUAUAGACGGUAGUAAGUGCGUGGAACGCGUGUGGCUUUUGCGACCAUUUGUCGCAUGUUUGCCUGCGUGGUUCCGAUUUAUGCAGUGCCUGAGACGGUACCGAGACUCACGAGAAGCGUUCCCUCACUUGGCAAACGCCGCCAAAUACGCAACUACCUUCUUCGUGAUAACGUUCUCAUUUCUAAAUCUUCAAUACGCAAAGGAUAACCCUGAAGAAGAUCCGAGUGUGUAUUUCUACCUGUGGAUAUCAGCAUCUAUAUUCAGUUCGCUGUAUUCUUAUAUAUGGGAUUUAAAAAUGGACUGGGGACUUUUCGACCGGAACGCCGGCGAAAACAGAUUCCUUCGCGAAGAAAUCGUGUAUUCGUCGACGGCAUUUUACUACAUCGCAAUCGUCGAAGAUUUUGUCUUACGUUUUGGUUGGGCGCUGUCAAUGUCUCUAACCGAAAUGGGCUAUGUUCAUGGUGACUUAAUGGUAUCCAUUUUGUCGCCUCUCGAAGUAAUGAGAAGAUUCGUUUGGAAUUUCUUCCGGCUGGAGAACGAACAUCUGAACAACUGCGGCCGGUUCCGGGCUGUCAGGGAUAUUUCUGUGGCACCCAUCGACAGCUCGGAUCAGACUCACAUCCUGCGACUGAUGGACGAACCGCUGACACCACACGAUCUGAACAGGAACCGGAGGAACAAGAUGACCGGCGGUGGUGGCAUCGGCAAGAAAAUACCGAACCUCACGUUCCAGCCCAGCCGGUCGGUAGACGAACAGGCGUCGCUCAUCUUGGCCAGCUUGGGCACACGCUGAUCUACUGCACGAACCGCUGACGCGGUUUAGGGCCACCCUCUUGAAAAAAAUUUAGAAACAAAUUAUAAUUCGUGUACCAUGUACCUAUACUAUCAACUUUGAUGUUAUAUUGCCUCCGACCCCGAUGAUCUGCGAGAGGACAGACUUCUCGAGGCUCCGGUACCCUCUUAUAUAGGUAUAAUAAGUCGUUUAUUAAAAAGGUGCAUCUGGUCUCCUCUCCUCUCCCACUGGGUGACAAACUAAGUGUAAAUUUUAUCGAUUUUUUUCUCACGCACCCUUUAUGAACUUCAUUUUGAUGUAUUCCUAGCACUAUUCAUAAUAUUAUUGUACUUUAAGUCACAGAUUUACUGAGAAAAUAAGAUCCAUCUCAGCUAGUAUAUAACUCUCCCUUUUUAUGUGAUAAGUUAUUUUUMAUUUUUUUGCCCACCUAUUUUAUUAUUAUAUAUUUCGUUACAAUGUUGAAGAUUUUUUUAUUAUCAGAUAUUAUUCCCUUUUAAAGCGCUAAUAAUUUGAAAUAUAUAAAAAAAAAAUCUAAUCGUCGUCAUACUAUUAUGCAAUAUGGAUUGUUAUCUUGUAAUUUGUUUUAAAAUUAUGAUAACUAUAUUUUAAAAUCACGUCCAUACCUUGCACUGUUACAUUACAAAGGAUUAUAUUAUUGAA